UUCAGCUCCUUGCCUCAUUACUACUCCAGCUCUGAAGAUGUCAAGUCCUCUCUGCAAUACUGUCCCCACCUCUAAGACCUCACCCUAGCAAUGAUUUAUUAGAUUGCCCCAUUACUAGUUGGUCAGUGCACUAUUUGAGCAGUGCCCAUGGACUAUACUAUCUGAAUAUAUAGGCUAAACUUUGAGUUGCUGUAGUCCUGUAAUUCAGCAUUCUGCACUCUGAUCUGUUACUAAUGUACAUUAACACCUCAACCAGAAGGCAAGAAGCUGAAAUCACAUACAACAUAAUGAUGCUGAGGUGCAAAGACAUGGAGAGGUCUGGCUGACAUUUUACCAGGGAAUAACUGAUAAGUAUAGCAGCAGGGGGCUGUUUUUGACUCUAAACUUUGGAUUUAUAGAAAGGAUAACAUAGAUUGUUCUUCUAAAAUAACUUCUAAAACGUCAAAAAGGAGGGAACCCCUGAAGACUUUUCUCAUCUGUCCUGGACAAUUCCAUUUUAUUCUUGCUGGAAACAAGAUGCAUCCUGCAUGUGUGAUAGGCUUGUGAACCAGUGCCAUGCUCCAUCCUGAGGAUUAGUGUGAAGGUGCUCUGUACACAGUGUCAAACUGCUCUCUUCUAUUCAUCUGCUUGUAGUGGAAAGGAAGCCUUUGUGACAGCUCUGUAUGGCUCUGGCAAUUCAUCUGUAUCCCAUAAAAGAAAUGGAUAUUAUAAACAUCACAAAGAAACUUGGCAGCAAGAACUGUAUCAGCGGACCUUGGCUCAGCAACUCAUGUGAACUAGAUGCAAACACAUCCUACCCUAAUAUAACUCAUCGUCAUAUCCAGCUCCCCACCUUCUCUCCAGCUGCCAAGGCCCGGGUCAUCAUCACCUUUGUUAUUUUUACACUAUCAGCCUCCUGUAACUUGGCGGCUCUGUGGGCAGCUGCAAGAACAAGCAGGAAGAAAAGGUCACAUGUCCGAAUUCUAAUCCUUAACCUCACCACAGCCGACCUCCUAGUUACAUUUAUUGUCAUGCCUCUGGAUGCCAUAUGGAAUAUCACUGUGCAGUGGCAAGCAGGGGACGUUGCCUGCAGAAUACUCAUGUUUUUUAAGCUUCUGUCCAUGUACUCUUGUGCUUUUGUGACUGUGGUGAUCAGCGUGGACCGGCAGUCUGCUAUCCUCAACCCAUUAGCCAUAAAUGAUGCCAAGAAGAAGAAUAAAAUAAUGUUAUCAGCUGCCUGGAUAAUGAGCAUUGUACUAUCAUUGCCACAGCUCUUUCUGUUUCAUACAGUAACAAUCACCGAACCACAGAACUUCACCCAAUGCACCACCAGAGGCAGUUUCCAGGAGCACUGGCAGGAGACAACCUACAACAUGGUGAGCUUCGUGUGUCUCUUCCUGCUUCCUCUCCUGAUCAUGAUCUCCUGUUACUCAAGAAUUCUGCUGGAGAUAUCAAAGCGCAUGAGCAAGGGGACAUUGUCUUCUAAAGAGGUUUACCUCCGACGUUCUAAGAACAACAUCCCCAAAGCUCGGAUGAGAACUCUUAAAAUGAGCAUUGUAAUAGUUAGCUCUUUUAUCAUCUGCUGGACCCCAUACUAUCUCCUAGGCUUGUGGUAUUGGUUCUAUCCCGAGACCAUGGAAGAAAAGGUUUCUCAGUCAAUUACACACAUUCUGUUCAUCUUUGGCCUCGUCAAUGCCUGUCUAGAUCCCAUCACAUAUGGACUUUUCACAAUACACUUUCGGAAAGGGCUUCAGCGCUAUUGCGGAAGAAGAAGGACAUCAGAUGCGGACGCAAGUUCCUCUGUGACAGGGUCAUUUCGUUGCUCAAUGUCCUCUUUUCGUGCUAAAAAGAUGAUAGUUCUAAAUCAGGAGAUGCAGGCGUUUCAGUCUUACAAUGGCUCUUCAAACAACUCGGACUUGAGGACAAAUGGGCUUGGGAGCAGCUGUCUAUGAGACAUUGCAGUUUUGACUUACGAAUUAUCUACAAUUGGAUGUGCUACAAAUAUUAAUUAAACCAUGCCCUGCAGCGUGCUCCUAGCAAACUGUUUUGUACAGAGAUGGUUUUCUGUUUUUUCCCAGUAGACGCAGUCUACUUGUGAAGACAAACCAGUAAGACACAUUUUGUGCAAAUCCUGCAACGCGAAAAUAAAUGGUUUGUGUGAAAUCCAUUGUAAGAUCUUAAUUCUGGAUAUAGCUAAAUGUUGACAUGUUGUCAGCUUAUAUGUAGAGUACCCAAAAUGUUUCAUUAUUAAAUGUAAUUUUAACAUAUAUGCUAUUUUCCACUUGUACUUCAUAGGUGCUUGUUGUACAGAUACGUGUAUCCAGUUGUGUCAUCUGACUGUACCACUGGUCCAAUAACCUUUGAUCCCACUAAAUGAAGAAACAGUCACAUAAAAACUGUUUCAUUUAGAAAUUUUUUCCUUUUAUUGUUGAAAAUGUGUCAGUAAAAUGUGGAAAAAUAACACCCAGAGCUAGUAAACCCAAACAGUACAACACUAACUUGAAAUAAUACAUUGUAUUACAAUACAGAAACUGAAGAUUGAUACUUUUUAUUUUUUAUCAUUACUUUAAAUGUGGUUAGUAGUUGAGAGCAUUUAUGUAUAUCCUUUCUUAGUAAAGCUUAAGUAUUUUUUGCAUCACUUUAAAUAUCAUAGGUGUCAAAGUGCUUUGUGGAAAAAUGGAUCCUCUGGGUUUCUACAGAUUUGGCAUUUGACCAAACCCGGGAACGAAGUAUGUGGUAUUAUGAAUGUUUUUACCCUUAACACACACAAGAGGGUGGGGACUUUCCCAAAGUGGUCCCCAGGGGAGUACUCCCUGAAUAAUAGUCUCCAUCAGUGAGAGAGAGAAACAUCCAGUAGGUGUCAUUUUCUGUCUCCAAAAUUUUGUAUAUGAAGCUCUGCCUUUUGUGGGUACCCAUUUCCUUAAUAGAAUGGCCCCAACCAUGAAGACAGUACCUGCUUAGUGUUAUGUAAGGAACAAAACAAAAAGUAGAGGCCAAUGGCUAGG